AUGAUAUUGUUUAGUAAUAAAUUUGGAGGUUUCAAAGUUAGCAUUCUAAAAUAACUGAUAAAAGAUUGCUUUUGUUAAAAUCUUCACAACAAAUAAAGAAAUGGUAAACUUAAAACGAGGAAUUUGAGUUCUAAAAUUGAGAUUGGAUUAAAUUUUAAUAAUUAUGUAUCAUCUUUGAGAGGAGGAGGAUGCAUCUCAACUAACUUAGUCGCACCUGAAACGAAAAUAAGGUUAAGCAAUUAAGAGUCAAACUUUGCUACUAAUCUCAAAUUUUAUACAAAUGUGAUUGUAGAAAAAGCCUCUUAAUUUCAUGAUAAAUAUCAUAAGGACGACGUACUUUGUGCAUUAUUAUGGUUUCAAAAUAACAAAGAGCAUAUUUAAAAAUUGUGCAUGAAUAAAGAGUAAAACUUGCAAAAUUAUGACCUUAUAGAACAUUAGUUUGAGAAUUUAAUAAAGUAACUAGUUAUCUACUUAAAAUUAUCAGGGUAUGUCUUUCAUGUAUUGCUUUAAAUAUGUAAUGAUUUGUUGAGAGUGAUAUUUUAUUUUCAGUAAGUAUAUGAAAAUCGAUAUAUGAAAGAAAACUUAAAGUAAAAUUUGAAAGAAUGUAUAUUAGAAUUAGAAGAGCAAAUUGGGAUUGAAUCAGCAAAACUUUGGAGUACCGGCACUGAAUUUGAACUUUUAAUGAUAAAAACUUGUCUUGCACAUUUAAGGACUAACUCAAAGGAAAGUGCUAACCUAAUGAAAGCAGUAUUAAUGGGAAUAGCAUCCUCAAUAGCUUAGUUAAAACCAAGUGAUGAACUUAUUGAUGCUCUAAUGGAAGCAGGAAAAUAUCUUUUGCUUAAUUUUUAUGAUAAAUAAAUCAAGCAUCCCUUGAAGGUUUAUGAACUUUAUUUCUUCUUUGAAAAUUUGAAAUGGUCCAUAAUUUUUUAAUUAAAAUCAGGAUAUUCAGUUCAGCAAACGAUAAAUCAGUUGACAGAUGGAUACAAUAAAUACAUUGGUGCAUCAACAAAUUGGUUAAUACAUUUUUUUUGGAUAAACUUAAUUUCAAGUUUAAUGUCAUACAGACCUAUCAUCUCUAAAUCUGAAAUGGAGCAAAGGUUGCUUUAAAAAUAUAAUACGAAUUGGAAUUAAUUAGUAGUGUAAAAUUAAAUUGUAACAGUACCUUAUGAUAAAACUAAAGGGAGAAUAAAAUAUAAUGGAAGAGGCAAUUUUAUAAUUAAAGAAUUUUCAAAUUUGAAAUUAUUUUAAGAUUACUUGUUUGGUGAACAAGUCGGUUCGAUGAAAUUAUUACCUCAGUAUUUGAACUUUGAUUUUGGUUCAUAAUAAUAAGGCAAAAUCAAUUUAUAAGAUUUAAACAUCACAUUAUUUACAAAUUGUGAUGAUUUAGAAGUUUUAACCUCUUUAAAUAAUGUUUUAAAGAAUUGCCUCAAUUUAAUUUAGGAAAAUUUUAACUAAAUUGAUGGUUAAGCUUCAAAUGAUUCAUUAACUUAAACAGAAAAGUAAACUGAGUAAAAGAUUUGCAAACAAGAUAUUUAAUAUUUAAUUAACCAACAAAAAGAAUAAUUCUUGUAAAUUUUAUACAUUUUUUAUGAAAUAGAUAUUAUUAGGCUGAAGGAAAUCGAAAUUAUGAAUAAUAUUGAAUUAGCUUAAAAGUUAAAUGAGUAGAGUCUGUAAUAAAUCAAAGAUUAUAAACUUAUGUAAUAAUUGCUUGGUCAAAUAAGAAUGCUAUCAGAGUCGGAAAUUGGUAGCAAAUUUCAACAAAUACCAAGGUUUUGGUAUCAGUUUUCAAAAAUUUUAAUCUCAUAUGAAGACUUCAUUCAGAAUGAUGUUAUUUUAAAGGAAAUUUCAUCAUUAAUUCCUGUAAAACAAUCAUUAAAAUAACAUCAGUAAGAAUUAGAGAGUUUUAUAAAAAGUUUUAGUGAUAAUCUAAUUAGCUUUAUUACAUAGAUGAAAUAGUUAAAAUAAAUUAUCACAAAGAUAAAUUGCUAAAUAUAGCUGAAAAUUACUUAAGAUAUGAUUUCUCAAAAAGAUAUAUCUAAUAAGCUUGUAUAAAUCUAUGGCUCCAAUUUAAUAAAGAACUUAUGUAGUUAUAUGAUGUAAGUUUAUUCUGAGGAUUGGGUAGAAAAAAAUUGGGAGUUUAGCAUUCUUAAUGAUUUUAGAAAAAGCAUAAGGAGGUGUGGAGAAAUGACGUUUGUAUUUAAAUUUUUGAAGAAACUUCUAAAAAUUCAAUAAUAAAAAUUAAAUGCAUUGCUUAAUGAAGACAAUAUUGCAGAGCUUUAUUUUAUUAGUAAAGUUUAAUCAACUGAUAUUUUUGAAAGUGAUAGUAUGGCCUUUGAUUAAAUUUAAUCUUUGGCGCUUGAGAGGAAGGCCAUGAUUUAAGGAUACUUUGAAAAAUACCCGAAUCUGAUUAUGAAUAAGCAAGAGAUUAGUGAAUUAAACUCGCUUGAGAAUCAAAUUAGAGAAGAUAUAAUGUCACUAUAAUAGAAAAAAUGGAACCAAUAAUAUAAGAUAUUAAGCAUUCUCAUUUUUUAAGAUGCUUUGAACAAACUGUCACAAUUAGGAUUAAAUAAAGUUAACAAAUUGGCAAUAAAAGAAGAAAUAAAUACAAAUUUUACCAAAUCUUUGUAAGAGUUAAACAAAAAGAUAAUGGGAGAUAAUGAGAAAGCAGAGUAAAUAAAGCAAAUUUAAAUGCAAAAUAAAAUAGAGUAGGAUUCUCAAAUUUUCUUUAUCUUUGAAAAUUACAUCACUCAAACCACUACUAUAAUCAUAAAUACUAAGAGACUUAAAAGAAUUAUCCGAUAAAAUUUUAAUCUCUUUUCCUGGAGUACUGAAAUUUGGGGGUCUGACAAAAAAGAUGAAUUUAAAUAAAACGUAAAAGCCUUGAUUACUGAUUUAUUACAAUCUAUAUCUGACUGCUUUAAUUCCUUCUAAGAAGAAGAGUAAAUUGUGUUUAAUUAAGAGGUAUUUUCAGAAUUAUAAGAUAAUAAAUGCAUAGAUAAAUAGAAGGCAAAUCUUGUUCUCUUGAAUAGUCAUUCAAUAUUCAAAAAUUCAGCUUCGAAUGAGGAUAUAGAGGAAAAGUGCUGUAAGAUUUACAAAGAGCUGAUUGAAAAUUUAAAAAAUUCUUCUGCAAUUGAUGCACAAAAACCCAAUAUCCUUUCUUAAAUAUUUUCAAAUUCAUCUCAUAAAGUUAGAGAGGCAUUGGCAUUUAGUAUCAUUAAGAUGGAUACAUUAAUUCAGGAACCAAAGAUGAAAGACUUUUGCUAAAACUUGUUAAAAAUGUUAUGGAUAUAUGAAAAACAUAGUGAUGUCAGAAAUAUACUUAAAAAUACAGAAAUGAUCGAAAUUCAAAAGUAGUUGUUUUCUAAUGACCUCACAACAAUGUCAAAUCAAAUUAAAGCGGAAAUGAAAAGUAUGCUCAAUAGGAUUGAACAAUUAGAAAAUUCUGUUUUAACUGAUAAUACAAUUCAAGCGAAGGAAUAAUUACAGUAAGCACUUGAUGAUUUUGAAACCUAUUUUGAUAAUAUCACAGAUAUGUCUUAAAGAUUAGACAUAAGUAUGAUUUUCUUGAAAGAAUUAAGCAAAGAUGUAAAACAUAUAAAAACCUCUAUUGAUUAAGUCUUAAAAAGUGUUAGUUUGAUCGCCAAUGAUAUUAGGAAACUGAGAGGUAAGAAUUACCUUGAGUUAAUUUAAAUAAGGAAAGAGUAUAUUCUUAAGUAGAAGGAUGAGAAUGAAAUAGAUUAAAUUCACAUUGAAUUACUAACAUAAGAAUACGAUCCAAUUUCAGGAAACAAAAAACAAUCUGAUAGCAAAGAAGAAACGACUUUUCUUUUAAAGAAAAAUUACAAUGAUUUUGAAGGGGAGAUAAAUGAGUUUUUAUGGGAUGAAAAAGAAAGAAUUAAAGACGUUAUGCUCCUUAAAGGAAGAGCAGGUUCAGGUAAAAGUAGGGCUGCAAAAAAUAUAGAAGAACUUCUCUGGACAUGUGACUAAGUAGAUCCCAAGUGGGUUCCAAUUUACGUUUCCCUUCCAGCUCUCAAAGAGCCAAAAUACAAUUUAGUUGAUUAAGCCUUAGAAUCAGAAAAUUACAACUUUGAUAAUAUUCAAAUUAGAGAAUUUAAAGAGGCUGUUAGAUAAAAAAACUUAAGUGUUGUAUUAAUUCUUGAGAGCUAUGAUGAAAUGAAGUAAGAUUGUUUGGAGUAAAACCUGUACUUGACAAAUAGAUUUGCGUAGGAGUUUAAUUUAGGUGAAUCUGGAGAAAAUGUUAAAAUUAUUAUCACAUCAAGACAAGAAAUAUUGACUUCUAUCGACUAUCAAACUUGGUUUUACGGAAAAAGCAUUUAAACAUUAAAAGAAGUUGAACUUUUACCUUUUACAUCCGAAUAGAGUAAUGAAUAUUUAAUACAAUACUCAAAAGUUAGUGUAAAGCGAACAGUAAAAAGGUUUUAUGAGUUUUUAAAGCAAUUAAAAGCUUAAAGUUUUAAUUUUAAAGAAUUCAAAUAAAUUUGGAGCAACAUAAAGGAGACAGUGAAAAAGAUUUUGAAAAAAAACAAAGAUGAAUUACUAAUGUUUUCAUAAGAGGAUGCAGAAAAGUUAAUACAAAAGCUUUAAAGCAUUUAAUUUUUUUAGCUUUUUAAGCCAGAACAGAUGAUAUCUUUGAAUAAAGAUCUUCUUGAAUUGUGGGGCUUUGAGAAAUUUUCUUAAACAAUUCAAAAAGUUAAAAUAAAGCAUCUUUUAAAUACUCCAUUUAUGCUUGAGAUCAUUGUAUACGUAUUACCAAAAAUGUCAUCUUUCUUCUCAUAGCCUUCCUUUAUGAGGUUAGUUUUGAAACAAAAUUAUCAUAAGUUGAAAAAAGAAUCCAUAAGGUCAAACCAUUUGCUUAAAAAGUAUUCUCAAACCAUUGAAAUUAAUGAAAAUACAAGCAAUGAUGAAUAAAUAAAGUAGCAGAAUAGUCUAUAAAUAAAUGUAUCUGAAGAUGAAACAUAAUUGUUUAAAUUAAGUGAUCAAAUUCUGGCUGAAUUAGACACUUAAAACUUUUUUGAAUAAAAUUCUAUUACUUAGUAAUUCAUCUAUACAGAAAAUCAAAUCAUUAAUGAGAAAAAAAUUAGUUAUACAUUGAAGUGUGAUGCGAAAUUUGUAGUUGCAGCAUUCCAAUUGCAUUAAUUUACUGCAUUUGAUUUUUAUAAGCAAUUUGUAGAUUUUUAUCACGCCUAACAAAUGUAGAAGUGGAAGGAAUUAGGAAAAAAUAUUAACUAAUAGAGUUUUUUAAUUGAUCUCCAAUUCUUUUGCGCUUCUUUGGCUGUUGAGAUGACUUUGAGAGAAUUAACCUAAGUGAAUUACAAAUAGAAGGGUAAAUUAAAAUUACUGUCUGAAAAAGAAGAUUUGCAAGAUGUUUCUUGGGAAGAUCAUUAUUUUAGUGAAAAUGAAGCCGAUUCAAAAUAUAAAACCCAAUUAAGAAAGUGUAUGUUGAUUAAUGCUAAAGGAAGUUUAUUCUCAUUUAAUCAUAAAUCUAUUUAAGAGUUUUUUGUUGCAGAUUACAUACUUAAUUUAUUCGAUAAAUUAUUUGUUGAUGAUAAUGAAGUGGAUGAAAAAUUAUUGAGAAAAAGCUCUUUUAACAAUAGAAAUAAAUUUAAUUUAUCAUUAGAAUAAUUCUCUGGAUGUUUAGAACUCUUAAAGCCUAAAUUGAAACAAAUCAGUAACAUAGAAGAAAAAAUAUUAUAACUAAUUAAGUUAUAAACGAAUUAGCCAGAUAAUAAAAAGGAUUUACUUAGAUCAACAUCAAAUGCAAUAUUCCUUUUGAGCUAUUUAGGAGUUUAUUUAGAGGGAGUAGAUUUGAGUGGGAUAUAACUUUCAAAUACAAAGUUAGUGGGUUUAUCUUUUUUUAAAAGCAAUUUGAAUAACACAGUAUUUGAUAACGUUUCCAUAGAUUCCUGCAAUUUUGUAUAAGCAAAAAUAGAAAAUGCCAAUUGGAAGAAUCUGAUAUGCAAAGAAAUUCCAUCUUUUGUAGGGAAAAAUUAGAGGAUAGCUUCAAUUCUCUUUAAAGGAGAUGAGGCUCAAUUAAUCUCGGGCAGUGAAGAUGGAACUAUUAAACUUUUGGAUAUUGAUCAAAUCUAAAAACCUAUAGAAAGAUAAUUUUAAGACUAGAAAAUAAUAAGUUUAUCUUUAUGUAAAACUGAGAAUACAUUAGCAUGUUUAACUAAUAAAGAACUCCGUAUUCUUAAUGCAAAAGAUUUAUCAGACUGUAAUUAUUAGAAUUUGAUCAAUGAGGACUACAAUGAGGUUUCUCUAUCUUAAAACAACUAAUAUGUGGCACUUAAAAAUGAGAAGUCCAAUUUAAUUAUUUUAGAAACAGAAAAUUUAAUUAAUACAAAUAAACCUUAAGAGUUCUCUUUUUAAAGCCAAAAUUCUAUUAAUUAUAUUGCCAAAUCUUGUAACUCAUAAUUUUUAGCUACAGGAGGUCAAGAAGUGAUUUUAUGGGAAUUUAAUUCUGUGUCAAAUAUUAAAAUGAAAGCCACUCUGAAAACAAACCUAAAAGAUGUAACUUGUAUUGCAUUUUCAAAUGAUUGUAAUUUUAUAGUGAUUGGUAAUUAAAAUGGUAUUAUAGAAAUUUGGAAAAUGACUGAUAUUUCAAAUAUUUGUAUGCUCCAGUCAAUAUAGCUCGAUGAAGAAAUAUAUAAAAUAGAAUUUUCAAAAAAUAACAAAUUUUUGUUUGUAAAAACAUUGACUGAAUUGUUCCAAUAUAAUAGUUUUGGCUUAUAUAAUUAAGAGGGAACUGCUAUAUUCAUAGAGAAAUACGACACAAAAUCAUUAAUUUAAAAAUAAUACUUACUAAAAUGUGAUUUAGAAGCUUGUGUUAAAAAAAUUACCAUAAGUUCUUUACGUCAAAUAGCUUGCGUUGAAGAGAAAAACAAUAAAUGUAAGUUAAGCAUUUGGAAGAUUACUGAUGAAAAAUCAAUUUCUCAUGUUACAACCUUGAUUGAGGAUUAAGAUGAGAUUAAUUAAUUGAAGUUUUCUCCAAAAGGAGAUAUUUUGUUAAGCUGUUCAUUUAAUGUUAUUUUUGUUUGGGGCAUGGUAGAAUUCGAACUAAUACGAAAAAUAGAAACACAACAUGAUGUUAUUAUAGAUUUUGCUUUUUCAGAACAUAUUACUUGUUUUGCUUCAUGUAGCUAAACCAGGGUAGAAUUAUAUAAGAAUUACUCUCAACCAAACAAUUAAGAGAUUAAUUUCCUAAAAAUUAAUAAAAAUUUUAUUUGCUAAGGACUUUAAUUUGUUGAAAAUUAACUGGCAAUAAAUGGGGAGAUUACCAAUUAAUCAGUUUUAUAACUUUGGAAUGUAGAAAAUUAAAAAUAAGAACUUGAUUAAAAAUUUAAAGAAAAGAUAGAAUAUUUUAAAUUUUAUUCUAAAGGAGGAGUUAUGAUUACUUUUGGAAAGUGUGGGACCAUUUGGGAUAGAAAUGCUUUAAAUUUUUCUGAAAAAUUAAUUGCAGAUUCUUUGGAGAAUUUUAUGUGGAAAUAAAUUGGCUUUUCAGAGGAAUAAUUGUAUUUAUUUGAUGGUGAAAACAUUUAUAGAAUAAUCGACUAUUUUGAUGGAGAUGAGGCUUAUGAUGAAAAUAAGUCUUAAAAGAUCUUCUCAGCUAAAUCUCUAUUAUAUACUACAUUUUCAGAUGAUAAUACAUUAUUUGCUUUUGGUUUAAAUAAUGGAUUUUAAUUAAUUUAUCUAGAUUAAAUAGUCGAGUUAAAUCAAAAUAUUAAUUAUUAUGUUAAUGAUUUCUCGAUUUCAGAUGAUUCAUCUUUAUUAGUACUCGCUACCAACAAGGGUUUGAGAAUUAAAAAUUUAAACACUAAUGAAGAAAUUUUUUAUACAUUAAAUAAUAAAUAUCGUUCCGUUUGUUUUAUUGAUUAAGGUUAACAAAUAGUAGCAAUUACAAAUAGCAAAUUGUGUAUUAUUAAUUUGAAGGACUUGAAUAAUCCAAAAACUCUCAAAAAUUUGGUCCUAAAAGGAAGUAAACCAUAAAGAAUUUAAGAUUUGAGAAACUCUGAAUAAAUAAUGAUAUAAUAUGAAAAGUGCAUAGCUGUUCAUUAAAUAAAAUAAUUUGGAAGUGCUUAAUUAAUCUGGUUGCGGAAUAAAGUUUCUUAAUCAAAAAACUGUAUUCUUUUAGAUGAUUAAAAAUAUAUUGGGAUAGCUAUCGAUGAUGCUAUUAAAGUUAUUCCAAUUUCUAAUUUUAUUAAAAUUACCCUUAACUUUAAUUAUAGACCCUAAUUAAAUACUUUGCUUUAUUCUGAAUUUUCAUUAGAUAGCCAAACAUUUUUGAUUUUUGGAAAGAAUAGCACAUAAUAAUUUUAUUUCGCAAAAUUAACUAUCUAAAAAUAGGAAUUAGAGAUAAAAUCAAGCGAUGGAGAAUACAUUGGUCUCCGUUACAUUGCAUUUAAUAAGUAAUAGGAUAAAUUAAUUUUUAUAACUGAUGAUUAUAGUAAAGGAGGGCGAUACGAAAAAUUAGAAUUAAUUGACUUUGAAACCUUCAAGCCAAUUUAAGUUAUAGAAAAUAGGUAAAUAUAAUGGAAAGAUAUAAUUUGUGAAAAUGCAGCAUUUUCAGAAAAUAAUUCUUACUUUAUCACUUAGUACAUAGAUUCAACUUUAAAACUAUGGGAUGCAAAAACGUGCAAACUCUUAUCAAAAUUUAAUAGCUUUACUAAUCAAAUUGAUUUAAUUUCUAUUUCAAGUAAAGAGAUCAUGGCGUAAACAAGUGGUGACCUUAUCAAACUUUGGAAUUUAAAAGCCCUAAGAUCCUAAUAGCUAGAAUUGGAUGGACACUCUGAUUCAAUUAACGAUAUUGCAAUAUCUCCAGAUGGUUUAUAACUUAUCUCUGGUUCUCCAUCUAGAAUAAUUAGAUGGGAAUUAACCAAAUUUUAAAAAUUAGACGUACUAAUCAAAGGAAAAAAUCUAAAUUCCAUCUUUUGCUUUUCCAAAGAUGCAAACUAUAUAGCUGCGGCUGAUUAUAUGCCUUACUAGAUUCAUGUUUGGAAGUUGAAAACUUUGUAUUUAAUUGAAAAAUUCUUAAGAAUUAGCUGCUGUUCCUAUUCAUAUAAUCUAAAAUUUAACGAUUUUGGCAACUAAUUAAUAGCAUAAUAUGAAAUUAGAGCAACCAAAUUCCAAUUAGUUUGGGAUUUAAAGUAGAACCCAUUAUAUGAAUCAUAAAGAAUAAUAAAUGAAGAAGAUAUUCCCCCUAUAGAUUAUUAUUUUUCUUCAGAUAAGUAAUUAUUGAUUAAGACCAACCCCCUUGAAAUUAUUGAUUUAUAAAAAAGGUAUGACUAGAAUUAGUAUCCUUUUGAUCAUUUAUAAUCAAACUCUGUUGAAAAAUUUGUUGCCUUAUCCCAUGAUAAACUUAAACUAGCCAUUCAAAAUGAAAAUGAAAUAAUUUUAUGGUCAUUUAAAGCAUAAAAAGUGGACCAUGUUUUUGUUAAUUCAAUUGGAUGUGCAUAGAUUUUGGUAUUUUCCAAUAAUGAUACGAUAUUAUUUACAAAUUAUGAAGCCACAAUUAAAUGUUUUGAUGUUACUAAUUCAUAUCAAGUCAUAAAAGAAUUUCAAAUUUUAAACCCUGUAGAAGUCAAUAAGCUACAGUAUCAAUAAUUAGAGUGCUAUCCUGUGAAAAAUGAUGACUUUCUUUUUGUUUAUUCGUUCAUCUAGCCAGUGAAGAGAGCACUAAUAGCAUUAGCAUUUACUUCAGAUCCUGAAUAAAGUUACAAAUUAUAUGAAAAUGAUUACGGAAUUUCAAAAUUUUUAUCUGCAUACUGUGAAGAAAAGCAGCAUUUCGCUCUUUAGCUAUGUAGUGUUUUCCAAUUACAUGACUUAAGAAGUAAAACUAAAAUUGCUAAUUUGAAUGAUAAUUGGUUCACUAUAUUUAAUCCCAACUUCUUAUCUUUUUCCAAGAGUGGGAGUUACUUAUUAUCCUUAGGAAAAGAUAAAGAGAUUAAUUUAUGGGAUUUGUCAUGUUUGGAAAAAAUAAAAUUAAAACUUAAUAAUCUAAACAAAACAAAUGACUAAGAGAUAAUUAGUAUUUCAUUUUUGGAUGAUUAAGAUACAAUAUAAUUGGUUAGAAAGGAUGAAAAAGUAUAAUUGGAUUCUAUUUCAAAUUAUAAAGAUUUUUGUUAAGUUCUUUAAGAAGAGGUAAGUUAAGAUAAGCAUAUAAAAAAGACUUAACAUCAUAUUAUAACUUAGGAAGAUAAAGAAAUUUUAUAAAUUAAGAGUGUAGAAAAAGGGGAGUUAAUUUAUAGUUUUAAUAAAUUUAGGAAUUAAAUAAAUUGCUCAAUUUUUACUCCCUGUGGUUAAAACCUUAUUUUAGGAAUGAAUGAUGGCUCAAUCUUAUUUUUUAGAUUAGAUAAUCAUCUCUAGCCUAAAUGCUUCAAAAGCAUAGCAAUAAGCUCUCCAAUUUUAUCUGAUUAUUGUAGUAUCAAGCAAUCUAUAUUUGUGAAUUAAGAGAAUAUUAAUUUAAAAAAUUUGUUUCUUGAAAAAGGAGCCUAUGACUAGUGA